AUAUUGACAAUUUGCAAGACCCCACAACGAAGAAGUAGUUUCAAUGCAAUUAUAAACACCGGCUAGGAGGAUAAUUAAUUAAACUAUAUUUAUAGAUUAAAUAAGUUCCGAAACAUGUAUUCCUCUGCUAAAAAGCUGCAAAGAAUCUUAUCCUCACGAGAAAUACGUAAAACAUUUAUUGACUACUUUAUCAAACAACAUGAUCACAAAUUUGUACGUUCCAGUCCGGUUGUGCCGUUUUGUGAUCCUACUGUGGCAUUUGUUAAUGCGGGAAUGAAUCAGUUUAAAUCGGUUUUUUUGGGUACCACUCAACCGCCUUACAAAAGAGUGGCCAAUUCUCAGAAAUGCGUAAGAGUGGGAGGUAAACACAACGAUUUGUCCGUGGUGGGAGAGGACAGUUAUCAUCAUACCUUUUUUGAAAUGCUGGGCAAUUGGUCUUUUGGUGAUUAUUUUAAGAGAGAGGCUUGUUCCAUGGCUUUAGAUUUACUUAGGGGUCCUUAUAAUAUUGAUACCUCCCGUUUGUAUGUCACUUACUUUGCGGGCGAUAAGGUUUUAGGUUUGCCUGCCGAUUUGGAAUGUUUUGAAAUAUGGAAAAGUUUGGGUUUUCCCUCCUCACGCAUUUUACCUUUUGGUAGUAAAGAUAAUUUUUGGGAAAUGGGUUCUACGGGACCCUGUGGUCCUUGUACAGAAAUCCAUAUAGAUCAUCGUCCUGAUUUAGCUCCGCCUCAGGAACGUGCUAAACUGGUUAAUGCGGGACGUUCAGAUUUAACAGAAUUAUGGAAUCUAGUGUUUAUACAAUAUAAUCGUAAUGAAGAUGGCUCUAUAACACCAUUGCCCGCCAAACAUGUUGAUACCGGCAUGGGUUUCGAGAGACUGACAGCAAUUUUACAAAAUAAGUCUUCCAACUAUGAUACAGACUUAUUUAUGCCCAUAUUCGAUGCUAUACAAAAGAUAUCAAAAGCACCUGAAUACGGUGGCACAUUUCCCUCCAAUUCACAUGCAGCUACUUUAGAUACAGGCUAUAGAAUUUUAGCGGAUCAUGCGCGCAUGAUUACAGUGUGCUUAGCAGAUGGUAUGCUGCCAGAUCAAAAUCAAAAACUUAGGCGUGUGCUGCGUAAGGCCUUAACAGUUUCCGAAAACGUUUUUGCUAAUGAAAAAUUACUUCCCCAAUUAAUACCGGUAGUGGUAGAAUCAUUGGGUUGUGCCUAUCCUGAAAUAUCCAACAAACAAUCGGCCAUUUUGGAAUUAAUAGCUCAUGAACAGGAGAUCUUUAAGGCUUUGCGUGAAAGUUCUUCUAAAGCUUUUGCCGAGGUACUUAGUGAAUUUCCCAAUUUAGAGGAUAUUGAUUUAAUGGAAUGUCCCGGAUUUGUGCCUGCCUAUCGGGAAUUUCAAGGCUUAAAAGAUACCUUUAAGAAUAACAUCAUACCAGGAGACUUUCUACACAAACUAACCGAUACUUAUGGUUUAACCGAAGAACAUUUUGAAAAAUUGGCUCAGUUAGAGGAAAUGUCCUACAAUGUGUCAGAUUAUCAGGAGGCUGUAGCGAAGGCCAAACAAAAAGCUAAAGGUUCUAUGCUUUCAAAUCAAUACUCGGACAAACUUUUACAGAGUAUAAAUGAUUCUCUAGUGGACUUAACUAAAACUCUUAAGGCCACUGAUAAUCAACAUAAAUAUAACUACAGCUAUGACAAUAAUGAAAAACAAUAUCACAUACCCGCCCUUAAAACAAAAGUCUUGGGUAUACUCUACAAUGAUGUUAGUGUUCAGGAGGUGGUUUGUAAUGGCAGUACAAAUAGUCAAGAUAUAGUUUCAAUUGUUACCGAUGCCAGUAAUUUCUAUUAUGAAUCUGGUGGCCAGCAAUCUGACAAAGGAGUAAUUGUUAUAAAAACUAAAACAAAUGAACAAUACGAACUGAAUGUUAACAAUGUUCGUUAUAUUAAUGAUUGUGUGGUACAUAUCUGUGAUCUGCCAGCGGAAAAAGCUUUCUUUACUUUGGGUCUUGGUGAUGAGGUGACGUUGCAGGUGGAUGCUCAACAUCGUAAGAGGAAUAUAUGUCAUCAUACAGCUACUCAUUUGUUAAAUGGCGCCAUAAGAUCAUUGUUUAACAAGGUCACUUAUCAGGUAUCUAGUGGGGUAACAAGUGAUUGUUGUAAACUGGAGGUAGGCUUAAUUGGUAAACGUAUUACUAAGGAUGAUGUUCAGAAAAUAGAGGAACUUAUAAGUCAAGUAAUCUCCUCAUCGACUCCCGUUAAUGUCGAACUCUGUAAUGUCGCUGAUAUUUUACAACAAAACGAUGUAACCAUGGUGCCGGGAGAAAUUUAUCCUGAAACAGGUUUACGUUUAGUUAGCGUAAAUUGUGAUAACUUAGAAAUGCUCUCAAAAGAAUUAUGCUGUGGAACACAUGUUACCAACACUCAGGAAUUAGAAUAUUUUUGUAUAACAAAUCUUAAACAAACAAAUCGUGCUCGAUAUGCCUUUACAGCGGUGGCAGGAGAAGCGGCUGAAAAAGUAUUUAAAGUGGCUGCCUUAUUGAAACAUCGUAUUGAUAUGUUGGAAAAAGAAUUUAAGACUGAUAAACUCUCAAAUGCCACAGAGAUAGAAUUACAAAAGAUUCGUCACAAUCUUCAACAUAUGGAUAUACAAUUGCCGUAUGUUUUCAAAAUAGAUAUGCUGGAGCGUAUAAAUGAAAUCUUAAAGAAAUUAAAGGAAGCAGCCAGAACAAGUGUAAAAGAAUUAGUAGAAGUUGAAAUGCGCAACGUUUUACAGGAGAAGCCUUUAGAGUCACAUCCAUUUAUAUUACACUAUAUCUCUAGUUCCGCUUUAAUGGAAGAGGUACCCCUACAGAAGGUAACAAGACUUUGUACUGAUCGUCCCAUCUUAGUUAUAAGCCGUAGCGAUAAUAUUGUUAAAGCCAGAUGUUGUGUUCCCAAGCAAUUUCAAUCUGAAAACUUUAAUGCCGAAAAAUGGUUAAAGGAAUUUGCUACAAUUUUCAAAUCUCAAGUAGCCGCCCCAAAAGGUCAAAAUCCUCAAGAAGUUUGCAAUAUGAAGGGUAAGAAGACACAAUCAACACAAUUUGAUGAACAAUUAGAAAUUGCCAUGAGCAAAGCUUACAAAUAUGCUUUCAAAUAUUUAAACAAGUAAAUAUUAUCAAAUACGCGUUAUUUAGUAUUUUAAGCAUUUUUUUCACUUUUUUUUUUAAUAAUUGGUUUAAGAAACAGCUGCGUGAACGGUUUAAUGGUGUAAUAUGUUAACUUAAAGUUUUUUUUGAUUUUAAUAAACUAUAAAAAAAAUUAAUUAAAAA